CUGCGUCGCACGAGCGGAUUCGUGAGUCGGUCAGCACUCGCAGCGCUCCGUCGAAAGACGAUCGAGCCAAGCGGCAUCGCGCAUCCGUGCCGCGACGGCGCGUGAGCGGCAGCACAGCAGGCUUGCACUGCCAGGGGGAGCGCCAGCCGCGGUAGCGACAUGAUCGCCGCCUUGAUCACCGCGGCGGCGGCGCUGCAACCAGCACGGCUGCGACACCGCGCGCCGCACCGCAUCGUUCAGAGCGCGAGCGCCACCGACGCGACGGAGCGCGAAUCCUAUUUGCAGUACAACGCGCACGCCUGGCGCGGCGUCUGCCGGUCCGUCGUCGUCGACGCCACUAGACGAAGAGUGGACUACGACGCGGAUUUAGAUGGAAAGCGCUACUCCGCGGCCGUGAAACGGCGCACGAACGGCGAUCUCGAAGAACGAUUCAGCUGGGACGACGACGACGCCAUCGAGACGACGCUGCCGUCAAAAGACGUCGUGUGCGACUUCGACGGCUCCUACUCCUGCGACCGCGCGUCGUCAUUGGUCGCUGGUACAGCCCCAUCGUUCACCAUCGAGACGGGUCUCGCCGUGUCGGACGAGGCGAGGAUACGUAUCCUAGCUUUAUAUGAUGGCGCGACUGGUCUACUCAAACGCAUCGCGUGCUUAGACGAACAGCGCGUGGGCGCGACGGAAAGCACAGGGGGCGCGGCAUUAGCGGCCGAGGUCGACGACGUCUUCGCUGUAAGUGGUGAAUGGGCCGGAGAUGCUACUGUCCGACGGCCGGACAACAGCGCUUGUAGGGUUCUGAAGCAGGACUUCGUGUUGCGAUGUGACGGCGAGCGGUUUUAUCGGGGUUUGGAGAUGCGGAUGCCCGGGGACCUUUUUUCUACUGAUGCCAAGACCGAAAGGACCUUGCUGGAGAGUUAUGGGGAGGUCUCCGAGCCGGGUCUUGCUUAUGAUUCCGUGGUGUUUCGCGAGGACGGCGCCGUUUUAUGUAUCCUACCGGGCUGUUAUGCCUUGUGCCCCUUCGCUCUUGACGAGGAGAAGGCGUUCUUCGUCGAGGCUGGUUGUUUUGUCGACGAGGACGACCGGCAGGGGCAGUUGCCCAUCUCCGUGCGCAAGGGCAUCAUGAUGGAGGGCGACCCGGGGACCUCUUCUAGGUUCCUGGCGCGGAGCGUGCGGCUCUACGCGCCCAAGCGGGAGCUGAAGAGCGUGACGACGUCGUACCACCAGCUCGUCGACGGGGACUAG